GAUGGCAACUAUGAGCUUCACAUCUUGUAUUGUUAAAACUGCAAUCCCCAACCGAUUCACAGGUGCUCUUCUCAAGGCCCCGGGAUCUCUUGGAUCCAUCAAGAGCAGCUCAAAAUCCUUUGGCUUGAAAUGUUCCUCCAAUUACCGAACAUCCAUGGCCGUGUACAAGGUUAAGCUCGUGGGACCAAAUGGCAAGGUGAGCAAGAUUGAAGUUGCCGAUGAUAAAUACAUUCUGGAUGCAGCCGAGGAGGCUGGACUAGACCUGCCUUAUUCCUGCAAGGCUGGAGCUUGCUCCACCUGUGCUGGGAAGAUGGUUUCAGGUUCCAUCAAUCAAUCCGAUGGUUCCUUCCUCGACAAUAAACAAAUAGAAGAGGGUUAUUUGCUGACUUGUGUUUCGCACCCUGUCUCAGACUGUGAGAUUCACACUCACAAGGAAAAAGAUCUCUACCAAGUAUUGUGUGGUCAUAAAAUAUGGCAGUUUAUCAAGUUUGCUGUCUAG